GUUCACCCGAGAAAUGAAUGAGAGAGGAUGUAUUGAGCAGCAGAAUGGAAAUAGGAUUCCCAUGGAGACUUCCUCCGCCUUCCUCGAUACAUCGGAUGCACGCAGCAUGCUGCAGUCGAUCCCUUUGGACAUCGUAUUACCAGGUUGCUAUAAACCAAGCUGCAAUCGCGUGGAAUGUGACGUGGCGACUGCUCUGACCAGUGUGAUGGACGGCGUGGAUGUGUUGCUGAUGCAAGGCAUCGCCAAGUUUAACAUGUGUGCCGUCGACGGCAUUCGAUUCUGCACGGACCACCUUGUGGUGGACAAGUCGCCUCAAAGCGUCGCGUCGUUCCUUUUUGAGCAUAAUGGCAAACUGGACAAAGCAGAGAUAGGGGCGUACUUGGGCCGGUCCCCGUGGUUCCAACAUGGCUUUUGCGUUCAAGUGUUGGCGGCGUUCGUCGAGUUGCUCGACUUUACCGACCUUGUCGUGGACGAAGCCAUUCGAAAAUUCCUCGCGUACUUUCGACUGCCAGGGGAAGCUCAACAGAUCGCCCGAGUCCUGGACGCGUUCGCGUUUAGGUACCACGCGACCAACCCCACAGUGUUUUCAUCCAGAGAUGUCGCCUUCAUGGCGGCGUAUUCGAUCAUGAUGCUUCAAACGGAUUUGCACAACCCACGCAUUCCCGUGGACAAGAAAAUGUCGAAAGCAAUGUUCGUACGGUGCAACCAGGACGUCUACGGCGGCGGCUCCGACCUCGCCCCCGACGGCUUUUUAGGAGGCAUCUACGAUCGCAUCCAAGAGCGCUCGUUGGAUCGGAAGGACGGAAGUCCGGGGUCGGCAGCUUGCGCGAAGUGCCACUCGCCGUUGCCAGCCGCCGACGACCUCGCCGUGUUUUCGACAGUGGUCGUGGACAACGGGGACUUUUGCGAAGUGCUCGACUCAUGGUCAGUCGUGAAACACGUGACGUUGUGCGGGUCAUGCUGGAGCCACAUGUACCAGUGCCAUGACGUGGCUUUCGGGUUUUGCAACAUUGGCCCAACGUCGUCCGAGUGUGGCGGCAGCUAGAGGUGGUUCCAGCUAAAUCAACCACGACGAUGCCAAGAGGUCGACUGUAGAAACGACGUGAAAAUCGUUCCAAGGCAAUGAUGUUCGUAGUUACAUAGUUGAGUUGAUUGUGAGCUCAAGAGUUGGCACUUGCAGUUGGCUGGAGACUGGUGACCUCCCUCGCUGACAUGUAGGCCUAGCAAUCCAA